AUCUGAAUCCGCAUAAUUGAAUAGAAUCUGAUUGAAUUAGGGUCGGUGGACCCGUGUAGCAGACAGCAGAUUGAGUCUGGAGAAUUCCACCACUUCCAAUCAUGAAUCUUUCCAUUAUCGUCUCUGCUUCCAUCGUUCUCCUUCUUUCCAUUUUCUUGCUUCCACUUCCUUCCUUUGACUUACUCAAACAAUGGUUACAUUUCGGAUUGAGAACAUCAUCGACAUCAAUAUCCAGAGAGUUAAUGGCGGAUUUAAUAGUGCGAAAUGGGAUUAUUUUCACCAGCGAUGCUUCUUUGCCUUUCGCAGAUUCUAUGGCUGUGCUAAACGGUAGAAUUCUCAGUGUUGGCAACUUUUCAUCUCUUCAGAAUUUGGCUGAUGAUAGCACCAGAGUGUUGGAUCUUGAAGGAAAAGUAGUGGUUCCUGGAUUUAUUGAUUCGCAUGUCCAUUUGAUUUUUGGUGGGCUGCAGAUGAUGCGCGUGGAGUUACGAGGCCUAAAUGGAAAAGAUGAAUUUGUGAGAAGGGUCAGAGAAGCUGUAACAAAUUUGAAAGAAGGUUCCUGGGUGUUGGGUGAUGGAUGGAACAAUGAGCUAUGGGGAGGAGAAUUACCAGUAGCUUCCUGGAUAGAUGAUGUAACACCAAAAAAUCCUGUUUGGCUAACUAGGAUGGAUGGUCAUAUGGCUUUGGCUAACUCAGUGGCACUGAAGUUAGCUGGAAUUAGUAGUUUAUCAGAAGAUCCAGAUGGUGGAAGCAUUAUGAGAUCUGCUAAUGGAGAACCUACUGGAUUGUUAAUUGAUGCUGCAAUGAAACUCAUUUUCCCCUGGAUCCCAGAGGUCUCAGUAGAUGAAAGAAGAGAGGCUAUGCUCAUAGCUAGCAAUCUUGCCCUGAUAAGGGGGGUGACAACUGUUGUUGAUUUUGGAAGAUACCUUCCUGGAUCAUCGGUAGAGCAUUCGUGGGAGGAUCUUUCAGAUGUAUAUCAAUGGGCUGACUAUUUAGGCAAGAUGAGGAUCAGGGUUUGCUUAUUUUUCCCAAUGGAAACAUGGGCACGCCUAUUUGAUCUUGUUACAAAAGCAGGUCGUACUCUGAGUGGUUGGAUUUAUUUAGGUGGCGUUAAGGCUUUUGCCGAUGGAUCUUUAGGUUCCAAUAGUGCGCUUUUUUAUGAGCCUUAUAUUGAUGAGCCUCACAACUAUGGCUUACAAGUCACAGAUGACGAAAGACUUUUCAACAUGACUGUGGCCUCAGAUAAAGCUGGACAUCAGGUGGCAAUUCAUGCCAUAGGGGACAGAGCAAAUGAUAUGGUCCUGGACAUGUACCAAUCAGUAGUUUCCACAAAUGGAAAAAGGGAUAGAAGAUUCCGGAUUGAGCAUGCCCAGCACUUGACACGUGGAGCAAUUCCUCGGUUUGGUGAGCAAGGGAUCAUUGCUUCUGUACAGCCUGAUCACCUACUGGAUGAUGCUGAUUCUGCAAGGAAAAAGCUUGGUAUGGAUAGGGCUGAUGGGGGAUCUUACAAAUUUCAGUCGCUUCUAGCUAGCAAUGCUCAGUUGGCGUUAGGCUCUGACUGGCCAGUUGUACAUAUCAAUCCUCUGAGAAGCAUCAAGACUGCAAGGAAAAGAAUACCUCCUGGUUGGGAAAAUGCUUGGAUUCCAUCAGAGUGCCUUUCCCUAAAAGAUGCAAUAAUUGCGCACACUAUUUCAGCUGCCUAUGCAUGCUUUCUGGAAAAUGAUGUGGGAUCUUUGUCUCCUGGUAAGCUAGCAGACUUUGUCGUACUAUCCACCAGUUCCUGGGAUGAAUUUGAAACAGAGGGCUCUGCUUCGGUCGAGGCGACAUAUGUAGCUGGUGCACAGGCCUAUCCCUGAAAGCUCUUUCCAUGGAACCAAUGCUAGACAAAGGUGAAAGUGAGAAUGUGUUUCAGAGGCUUAAUGUGAUUGUGAUAGAAACUGGCAUGAAAGAAGAUCCUGGGAGAUGGUUUCUUCAGAAGCAUUUGUACUUGGUGUCCAUUGGAAAAACAAUGUUGAGGUAAAAUUAUUGCAAGUUCUCAUGGAUGGAUACGAGUACAUUAGCUGGUUUUCAGACACAUGAUAUUAUUGGGAUUAAAAAUC